AUGGCUUUGAGAGCUCGCUAUAAAUGGUCUGAUUUGACUGAUGAACAACUGCUGGAGUUGUUCGAAUCAGUCCCGUCGGAUGUAGACAUGUCGAGUGACGACGAGGAUGAAGACGUGGCAGAGGCACUUAACACUGCAUUAGAAGAUGUCUCUACUGUAUCCUUAAUGUGCAGUAAUAUUGAAAACAAUGAAAAUACUGUGCACAGCCAUGAGCCUUCCCGAAAAACUCGUAAGAGGCCUCGAUCACCAUUGCCAGUUAUUGAAGGAGCAACACCUGUAUCUUUACCGUCUUCUGGUGGUUUUAAUGGGCUUGGUAUCGAAUCAAUUAUAAAGGAACCUAGUAAAGUUAUGUGGCGACAGCAAUCUAUGCAAUUGCACAUAAACAAUGUUGCUUUUCAAGGCGACUCUUCGUUGCCAUCCAAAAUAACUGAUCUGAAAACUCCGUUUCAACUAUUUUGUUAUUUUUUAAACUCGGACAUUAUAAGUAUAAUCGUCAAGGAAACAAUGCGCGCAGCCUUAAAGGACAAUAUUGCCAACAAGUUUAAGAUAACAACGGAAGAUAUUCAUCACUAUAUAGGAAUUUUAAUUUACAUGUCUAUAUAUCGCUACCCUAAUUUGAAAAGUUACUGGGGGCAAAAUGCAUUUGCACCCAUACAAACCUGUAUGACCCGUAGCAAAUUUGAAGCAAUUAAGAAAUACUUCUCAUUGUGUGACGAGAGUAAGCGAAUCAAAAAGGGUGAGCCUGGCUACGAUCCACUAUUUCGCACGCGAAGAGUUAUUGACAUUUUGAAUGAAAGAUUUGACUCCGUGCCUAAGCAAGCUCGAUUAUGCGUUGACGAACAAAUGUGCAGCACAAAAAUGAAGCACCAUUUGCGGCAAUACAUGCCCAAUAAACCACACAAGUGGGGUAUUAAAUUAUUUGUCCUAUGUGAUUCUUUUGGAUAUGCCUACCGAUUUGAAGUAUAUAGCGGCGCAGGUGAUAAUGCGAUAUUACCUGGUUACCCUGAUAUCGGUGCGUCAGCCAACAUAGUUGUACGCUUGACGAAAACUGUUGAAAGUUUCAAACAUCAUAUAAUAUAUUUUGACAAUUUUUACACAUCGCUGCCUUUGAUGGUAUACCUUCGGGCAAAAGGGAUUUAUAGUUUGGGAACGGUUCGGGUAAAUCGGAUACCAAACUGCAAGCUCCCAAACGAUAGUGCCAUCAAGGAAAAGCCAAGAGGUUUUUCAGUUGAGUACGUGGGUUCCUCAUAUGGAGUGGAUGUUAGUAACGUACUGUGGAAAGACAACAAGGCGGUUCGCUUAUUAUCGACCUAUGUGGGCGUUAAGCCGUUUAUAAGUUCAAAUACUCAAGGAGGAACACCAAAGGCAGCUCGUUACGACAGAAAGUCGAAGCACAAUGUAGAAAUUGACUGCCCACAAGUUAUACGGGAAUAUAACGCUCAUAUGGGAGGCGUGGAUCUGAUGGAUGGGCUUAUGGGACGAUACCAUAUAAGAAGUAAAACUCACGAUGCUGCAACCCGAAUUUUCUACCAUUUAGUAGAUAUGGCAACAACAAACGCCUACAUCCUAUAUAGACCAAUCCAAAAGGAAACCAUGAGCAGCGAGAAAUUCAUUGAACUUCCGGAUUUCCGCGAAUCUAUUGCUGCGGGUCUAGUGGGCUACCAGUCAAAAAACUUGCCAGGUCGUCCACUCAUGAAGAACAAUUUACCUUCACCAUCUUCAUCUUUGUCUGCGCGAUCAAUCACAACUCAAACAAGGCCAAAAAUCAAAUCACCCAAUAAAGGACUUGAGGUUUGA